GGGUCUGGAGGAAGGCGGGGCUAGUGUUGCCAGAGUAACCGGACCAUUGGUGGUGUUGUCUUCCUGUCGAAAGAUAACUAUUUCCUGUGCUGAGAUCCACAACCUAUGUCGUGCACCCUCAUACCGACGAGGUGGUGUCUCAACACUAGCAAGAUCUGAAUCUCCCUAAAUACUGGAGUCUGUUCUCACAAGUGGUCGAGUGCUGCCUUGCAUCUCCUACCAGGACCGUUCAAUAAUAGAUGUCUGCUGGCUCGGCUUCUAGUUUAUUGCAUACUUUCCAGGUCUCUGUGUUUUAGCAGGGUCGUCAUUGAUGGUCACUGAUGCCUUUUCUUCCCCAGCAGCCUGCAUUGCAUCCUCUGGCACGAUGAAAGCUGGUCAGCAGGGAAGAAGCUUACAGCCUGGUUCCAGUUUGGUUUCUCUGUAUCUUACACCCAAGAAUCAGAGUGAGAGGUUUGCUUUCCUUGCAGAGUGGUAUGAUCCCAACGCUUCACUGCUCCGACGCUAUGAGCUCCUGUUUUACCCUGCAGAUGGAUCUGUUGAAAUGCAUGAUGUAAAGAAUCGUCGCACCUUCUUAAAGCGGACCAAGUAUGAGAACCUGCGCUUGGAAGAUUUAUUUAUAGGCAACAAAGUGAAUGUCUUUUCUCGACAACUGGUGUUGAUUGACUAUGGGGACCAAUACACAGCUCGCCAACUGGGCAGUAGAAAAGAGAAAACAUUAGCCCUGAUCAAACCAGAUGCAGUAUCAAAAGCUGGAGAAAUAAUUGAAAUGAUAAACAAAAGUGGAUUUACUAUAACCAAACUCCGAAUGAUGACACUUUCAAGGAAAGAAGCAACAGACUUUCAUGUAGACAACCACUCAAGGCCUUUUUAUAACGAACUGGUCCAGUUUAUUGCAAGUGGGCCUGUUAUUGCCAUGGAGAUUUUAAGAGAUGAUGCCAUAUGUGAGUGGAAAAGAUUGCUUGGACCGGCAAACCCUGGCUUAGCCCGUACAGAUGCCCCCGGAAGCAUCAGAGCCCUCUUUGGGACAGAUGGCAUAAGAAACGCAGCUCAUGGCCCUGAUUCUUUUGCAUCUGCUGCCAGAGAAAUGGAAUUAUUUUUCCCUUCAAGUGGAGGCUGUGGACCAGCAAACACUGCUAAAUUUACUGACUGUACCUGUUGCAUUAUUAAGCCCCAUGCCAUUAGUGAAGGACUGUUGGGAAAGAUCUUAAUAGCUAUUCGAGAUGCAUGUUUUAAAAUCUCAGCGAUGCAGAUGUUUAAUAUGGAUCGGGCUAAUGUUGAAGAAUUCUAUGAAGUUUAUAAAGGUGUAGUGCCUGAGUAUAAUGAUAUGGUGACAGAAAUGUGCUCUGGCUCUUGUGUGGCAGUAGAGAUCCAACAGAAUGAUUCUACAAAGACAUUUCGAGAAUUUUGUGGACCUGCUGAUCCUGAGAUCGCCCGGCAUUUACGUCCUGAGACCCUCAGAGCAAUCUUUGGUAAAACUAAGAUUCGGAAUGCUGUUCACUGUACAGAUCUGCCGGAGGAUGGGCUCCUAGAGGUCCAGUAUUUCUUCAAGAUCUUGGAUAACUAACAGUACAGAGAGUGAAGACGACAUAGACUGAGACACUCAGACAAGCGAGUCACACACGUGAGGAAUGUGUUCAUUCUUUUAUUGUCCGUUGUUUUAGCCUGACUGACACAAGAUCAACAAGAGCACUGUACUCCUGGCAACUAUUACAUAUGUUAGAACAUGGAUUUGCACUGUAGACAACAUUUAACACCAGUCUAUGGGGUACUGCAUUGCUUUUUAUAAAGUUCAAAAUAAAGAUUUUAUUUUCAAACAA